AUGGUUGCCGGCACCAAAGUCGCAGUCUUGGACGACUACCAGGAGCUAUCCAAGACCUACUUUGAGCCGCUGCGCAAUGCUGGCUACGAAGUGACCAUCUUCACAGAUACGCUUUUGCCGUACAACCAUGCCGAUACGCCUCAAGAUGUCAAGGACGCUCUCGUCAAGCGGCUGGAGCCCUAUACAAUUAUUUGCACAAUGAGAGAGCGGACGCCUUUUCCAGGCGAGCUAGUCUCACGGCUACCGAAUUUGAAGCUCCUGCUCACGACCGGCCAACGCAACGCCUCGCUAGACGUGCCCGCCUUGCUCGAGCGCGGCGUAGUCGUAGCGGGCACAGCCAAGGAGGGACAGAACCCAGACAGCACGACGCAGCACACGGUAUCGCUGAUCCUGGGACUGGCGCGCAACCUGGCCGCCGACGACGCGGCCGUCAAGAGCGGCCUCUGGCAGACGCGGCUCAACACGGGCCUCAGCGGCAAGGUGUUUGGCACCGUCGGGCUGGGCCGCCUCGGCGCCGCCGUCGCGCGCAUCAUGCACCUGGCCUUUAACAUGCGCAUCGCGGCCUGGAGCCCCAACCUGACGCAGGACGCGGCCGACGAAAAGGCGCGCGCCAUGGGCCUGCCCGUCGAGGACCCGCAGACGGGCGCCAAGACGUUCCGGGCCGUGAGCCGCGACGAGCUGUUUGCGCAGUCCGACGUGGUCAGCAUCCACGUGGUGCUGUCGGAGCGGUCGCGGGGCAUGGUUGGCAAGGAGGACCUGGCCAAGAUGAAGAAGAGCGCCCUCUUUGUCAACACGUCGCGGGGUCCCAUUGUCCGGGAGCAGGACCUGCUCGAGGCCGGCAAGAGCGGUGCCGUCCGCGGCAUCGCCAUGGACGUGUACAAUAUCGAGCCCCUGCCCAAGGACAGCGAGUGGAGGACGACGAAAUGGGGCGAGGAAGGCCGGUCCGAUGUUCUGCUGACACCGCACAUGGGGUACGUAGAGGUAGAUCCAUUGUCGUCUUGGUAUAAACAGCAGGUGGACAAUAUUCUGCGAUGGGAAAAGGGCGAGGAGCUCAAGAUACUGUACAAGGACAAUGGGUACUAA